GAAGAGGAGGAGGAGGAGGCGGAGCCCCGGCCGGUGAGGCUGCAGCACGUGGGGGUUCAGGAUCAGGUGACACUGUUGGGUCACAGCCUGGCGGCUUACUUCUCAGUGCUGCAGCGGGAGCGACUCCGGAAGCUGACCACUCGCAUCCUGUCGGACAGCACGCUGUGGUUUUGCAGGCUCUUCAGGUAUGAAAACGGUUCCGCUUACUUCCACGAGGAUGACAGGGAUGGAGUAGUGAAGGUCUGCCGCCUGGUCAUUCAUGCUCAGUACAAAGAAUAUGCCACUGAAGGAUACGGCGCUCUGAGCUCCCACCAGCCUGUCAUCUAUCAGAGCGCCUCCGGCAGGCCAGAACUGGGACAGCACCUGUGCAGUCAGCUCGGUUUGCCGCUCUCCAGUUUGUGCACAGUUCCCUGUAACACCAUGUUUGGAUCACAGCACCAAAUGGAUGUCGCCUUGCUGGAGAAACUCAUCAAAGAAGACACUGAUGCUGGAAAGCGUCCUUUGCUGUUGAUUGCCAAUGCAGGAACGUGCUCAGCCGGACACACGGACAAACUGAACCGACUGAAAGAAGUGUGUGACCAGAGUGGCUUGUGGCUUCAUGUAGAGGGGGUCAACCUGGCCACUUUGGCUUUGGAGGAGGUCAGCUCAACCAUCAUGGCAGCCAGCAGAAGUGACAGCAUGACUUUGACUCCAGGUCCAUGGUUCGGCCUCCCAGCGGUUCCAGCUGUCACCCUGUACAGACAUGAAGACCCAGCGAUGUCUCUGGCAGCGGGGCUGACCUCCAGCCGGUUGGUUGAGAGACUGCGAGCCCUGCCCCUCUGGCUGUCACUGCAGCAUCUCGGACACAACGGCAUAACGCAGAAGAUCAGACACGCCUCGACUCUGAGCCAGCAGCUGCUGCAGAAACUCAAGUCUUUGGACUCCAUUCAAACACUAGUGGAAGAUGAACUGAAUUCUCCUGUGGUUCUCUUCAAGUUCUCCCUAGAAAUGAGCUCAGGUCAAGAAUACAGACAGGACUCAGUGAAUCUCUACGAUGCUGCUGGACAGAAGACUGUGCUGGAUUCCUUCAACCGAUGGCUCGGGCAGCAGGCAGCUCAGCUGGUCCCCAGCAGCGGUGUUGAGGUGGUGGAGCUGGAAGAUGAGGGUGUCUGCAUUCGCUUCAGCCCCCUCCUGACUGCUGCAGGCCUCAGUACACAGGAAGAGGACGUGGAUCGUCUGGUGGAGAAACUGAAGGAGCUGGUGCCCGCCAUGACCUCCACCAUGACCUACAGAGCAAACUUCUGGGAAGAGACGCGGCGCCUCGCGUCUUCGCUCAGAUACGUGGAGGAGAUGAACUGGGCUGGGCUGGGAGUUGUGCGGUAUGAACCACAGUCUGAUGGAACUGAUGAGAGCAGGCGGCAGCAGGAGCUUGAGAAGGUGAACAAAGAACUGCUGAAGAAGUUGCAGGAGCUGGACAGUGACAUCGUCUUCUCCUCAGCUCCAGAGUUUGUAACGGAGAGGACGGGUAUCUUCGUGGGGAUGGUGACGGAGGAUGUGGAGGUGGCAGAGCUGGUGCAGACCAUAGCUGCCCUCGGACGGGAGGUGGAGGAGAGCGGGCGGAUGCUGGACAACAUGACUGAGGUGGUGAAGAAGGGCAUCCUUGAGGCAGAGAUGCAGCUGCAGCGGGCCAGUGAGGAGAAGCUUCUGGAGGAGGGGAUGCUGAGGCAGAUCCCUGUGGUCAGCUCGGUCCUGAACUGGCUCUCUCCUCUUCAAAGCUCCAUGAAGGGAAGGACCUUCGAUCUGGCAGCAGGUUCCCUGGAUUCCACUGAAAUGAUGUACUCCACCAAAGCCCAGGGGGGCAGAGCGUUCCUGCAGGACCCCCCUAGCUUGGUCUCACAGAAGCUGCCUGGUCAGAGACUGUUCCGGCGCUCGGGGGGGGGACCACACUGCCUGACUGAGCCUGACUCCACCUCCCAGGUGGAGGACAGAAACAAUGAGGAGAGCUUCAGCCACGGCGCCAACAGGGAGACGCCGCGUCCCCUGGACCACGUCCAUCCAGGGAGCAUCCCUGAUGCUCCAGAGGAGGGGGGGGCUGGGGAGGAGCUGGGCGGAGCACAGGUGGAGCAGGGGGACAGAUAGCACCAUGCCCCUGCAGAUGGAGCCAGCCCAUCAGGGGAAAGAGAGCAGCUUCUGACCUGCUCCCAGAGCUGGCCUGCUUCGACUCUGACACUAAAGGUUCAGUAGAAUCCAUUCUACUCUGUUCCAUCCAACUGUCUUCCUCUCUGCUGGCUGCAGAGGAGCAGAGCUCCUCCUCUUGAGAGGACCACCAAAAACAGCCUUCACGUGUCAUCAGUCAGCACAUUCCAUUCUUCUUUUUUCUCACUAAGACUUCAGGGGGACCUUCUUCCGGGUCUGGGUUUCUUAUGUGGCGGGCUCUGUAACAGAUACAGGUCAGAGGUCAGGCAGCUUCCUGGUAUGUGUUCCCUCAUACCUGACAGGUGAGAGUUUAGAUAUUAAAGCCAUUCAUUUUAAAGAUGGAGCUUCUUUCAUUAAAUCAGCCAGAGUGGAUUUGUCACUGAAGACACCAUCGAUGUUCAGAAACCAGGAAACCUUUGGUCCGCAGGACAAAAUUCUGACUUUCUUUCAUUUUCUUCUGAACUUUAAUCACUUGAUCAAUUCUAAACAUAGAGAUGAAAUAACUGAGGAUUUCAUGAGAAGCGGUUGUAAACCCCAUCAUCACCCAAAGAGCCACAACAGCAGGUGUUUGUUUUAAAAGUGUCAUUUACCAGCAGGAGCUUAGAUACUUUGAAACAUGUUUCUCAAACAUGUUUCUCAUGUGGUUCAGAUUUGUUGAGAUGGAUUUCAAAUGUUAGGCACAACUCGAGGCCUGGCUUUAACACUAACAUCUUCAGCUUAAAGGGAUGUGAAGACAUCACUCCACGUGGGUGGAGGGAAAGCACUUUUUAUUAAUUAUUAUGAUUAAAACUGACGGUAGAAGACUGGUUUGUGACGAAGAUGCAGGGAAACUGUGUCAUGGGCCAAGAAUGACAAGACAAACAAAAACAUCAUUUUCUGUUGACAAACUCCAAAGCAACAAGAUAACGUUUUUCAUCUGGUUUAGUUUUUGUCAAUUCAAUUUUUGAAGAAGAAAGGACAUCUUGAAAUGAAGAUCUUGAAAUGAAGAUGUUUCAACAAAUUUGCGUAUAUUUUUAAGACAACACAAUUACAGCUUGGGUGAUUUUUUUAUUUUAUUUUGGAAGAUGAGAUUUUUACUUAAAUAUGCUUGAAAUUAUUACUAAAAAUAUAAACAGAAAACGGUUGUAAAGCUUCAUCUUCAAAUAGAUGUAUUCUUUUCUCCAGGUGGGAAGUCUUAGUAAUAGACUGAAAGGGCUCCGUCAGUGAGCCUGGCACAUCCCAGGGACAUGCUGGGCUGAGGGUUGGUCAUGUUUACGCUGUGAGGGAGCCUUCUGCUCCUGUGAUCGUUGAGGCUUUCUUUCUGUUUUUUCCAUGUCUUGCUUUAGGCUGUCACGGGAGUCUGUCGUUCUCCUUUGCUGAAAAUUCUCUAUAAUAAUCCUACAGACUGAUGUCCUCAGCUCUGAGGAAACCUCUGCUGCUUCCUGGGACAGAAUGAAGAAAUUGUUUUCAUGCACAGAAAACUUCUGGUCCAAAUGUGCACAGCUACCCACAAAAAGCCUUCAAAAGAUUUUUCUGAUGCCUUUUCUAACUUAAGCCAUAUCAUUUAACUGCUGGUUCCGCAUUGGUACAGCCUCAUCAAAGUUUGAAGAAGUAAUGAGGAAAAGUCACUUUAACGUCAUGCAAGUUUUACUUCUGCCACUCAUGUUUUGUGUGGAGAAGGGACAAUAGUUUCUAGGUUUCCCCGUCCUUUUUUUCACUCAUUUUACCUGAGAGAAGUACUUGUCCUCAAAGUCCCAGCCCUCCCACCAAACUCAAACCAGCCUAACCAGCCUGCUCUAGUGAGUCUGUCUGUAGAAAAGCUCUUUGUUUGUUACCUACAACAAACAUCGAUGCUUUGACUGAAAACUGAUUGAGAAAGCCUGAAGAACUCUCCCUCACAACCACUCAGAGGUUGAUCUUUAGAAGAAAAGAGAAAUGAUGGUGGCUUUAACAUAUAUGUAAUGUAAGGAUGAAGAUUUGGUCUGUGAAUAUGACUGCAUCGCUCUACCUCUCAAGCCUCUGUCAUCUGACUCCAAAGUUAGUGUCCUGAUAGUCUAACAGAAGAUUGUCCGUCCUUACUCAUUUAUUGAGGUGCAAAAAACGGUUUCAUAUGAAGUAAACUUGUUCCAGGAAGACUCUCCUGUCUGUCUGUCCACCUGGACCUCGGUCUUCAUCUGUGCACUUGUCUUUGGCCUUUUAAUACAGUAAUUGUUUCUAGUUGAUGAUUCACUUUGUCAGAAAUGAUAUUACAGAUAUUUAUAACUGAAGUGUCAUAUAUGUCAUGAACAGAUUGAGUAACCAAAAUGUUAAACAUUUAUGCAACCAUGUGAAGGCUAACAGUUACUCAACAAGUAUGGAAAUAUGUGUUUGGGGGGUAAAUUCUUGGUUUUGAUGAUGCUUGAAUCUUCUUUGCCAGUGACAAACUACUGAUUUUGCUACUGAUUUUUGUUUGGUGGAUGAGAUUAUUAAAAUUUGCUGGAAAAAAAGACA